AUGCUCCUCAAAUUGGUGAACGUAGGCUCGCGAUACCUCAUACGUCGCUAUACUUGCUCUUCCCACCUUUUGACCCGCUCAAAUGCGAUCCAAUCACCCCGAAGGACUCUCCUCUCCUCGAAGAGACUCCUGUCGAGCAGCUCACCCCGAUCAUCUCCUCUCCUCCCUUUCAAAUUACACGACAUAGGAGAAGGUAUAACCGAAGUCGAAGUUCUUAAAUGGUAUGUUAAACCCGGUGCUUUGGUGGAAGAGUUUGAUCCUCUGUGUGAGGUACAGAGUGACAAGAGCGUAGUUGAACUCACAUCCCCUUCUGCCGGUACGGUAGAGACACUCAAAGCGGCCGAAGGUGAUACCAUCCAUGUCGGUCAGAAUAUUUGUGAGAUCCGUCUUGCCGAAAAUGUGGACGAUCCAACACCAUCUCUAUCCCCCGAGCAAGAUCCUCCACAAACUCUUCAAGACUCAUUCACAACAUCUACCACCCAAUCUCUCAUGCAACAGCAGAACAAAACAACGACAUCCCUGUCUCAAACCUCUUCCCCCAUCUCUCAGAUUUCUGAAAUAGUGCAAGAGCACGAGUUACAGAAAGACGAGACAGAUAUACCGGACCAAUUCUCAGCUCUUGAAUCACGUCUAUUAUCCUCCGAUAGGUCAGCAGAUGUUUUAGGUGGUGCACGAUUUUCAGGAGAAGCCGCCAUCCUCCCUUCUGUUCCUCCGGCUCCAAAACCUCACCCCUUGAAUCCCGAAUAUCAAGCUAUCACUCGUGAUGCUCCUUCUGGUAAGGUGGGAAGAAAGGUCUUGGCAUCUCCGGCGGUGAGAACUUUAGCGAGUAAAAUGGGUUUGGAUAUCUCGUCUGUGAUAGGUACGGGGGAAGGUGGAAGGGUUACCAAAGAUGAUUUGGAACAUGCUUCUACUCAAAGAGCAGAGUUUUCUUUCUCCAGCAGCCCUCAAACAACAUCCGCGGGUAUCAUUUCAAGUAGGAACUUUCACGCGGAGAAGAAGAUAGAUACAAGACCGGAAACAAUUAGGGUGGAAAUGGGAAGAACGAGGAAAACAAUGUUUCGUAUAAUGUCACAACAAGCUUCCAUACCACAUUUCGGAUACUCUCACACGUUGGAUCUAACAUCUCUCAUACCCUACCUUCGAUCCUCCGAAUCUACACCAGCACAAAACUACACAGCUUCAGAUAUCCCUCAAGAGCUCAUCGGAAAGUCAAUCUAUGACCAACGGUCAAGACCGACUUUGUUGAGUUUAUUGAUAAAGGGAUUAUUGUUAGCUAUGGACGAACAUCCCAUCAUCCGGUCAAGAGUUAAAGAAGAAGCAGGAGAAAGAUGGUUAGAAGUGAGUAGAGAGGCUACGAUCGGAGUGGCCGUAUCUGAUCCAAAACAUGGUCUUGUCACUCCUUCUCUUCCUCCUCUUUCAUCCUCAAUAUCCCUCCUUGACCUCAACAUGCAUCUGAAUCAUCUUAAACAAAACCCUUUAUCUCCUCCUCUUCCUCCCUCAUCUUCCACUUCCACUCUCUCUUCUUCCACCUCUGAUAGUGCAUCUAAGAUGUUGAAAUCCCCGUGGAAAACCCCAACUCUGACAAUCUCCUCAGUUGGAGCAUUAGGUCAAUCAACAAAUUUCCUCCCCGUCCUACCACCUGGUAACAUAGCUAUUUGUGCCGUUGGUCGAGCUACUUGGUCAUUCGAACCUCUGCUUCAACCUUCUAAACCGUUCGAUGUCUCUCCGAGGGAAGUGGAAUUGGGUGGGAUGAAAGCGGUUCUCAAAGUGCCGGUAGGAUGGAGUGGGGAUCAUAGGGUUUUAGAAGGAGCUGAAUUGAUUGGAUUCACAGAGAGUUGGAAAAAGUGGAUGGAGAGACCUGAAAGAUGGGUUGCAUGAAGCUCUCUCUCUCUCUUUCCUUUGUUCCUUUUUCUUUUUCAUUUACUCUUUCCUCCCCUUUACUUCUCUUCUCCUUUUCUUUCAAUGGUGCGAUGAUUGUGCAUUUCCAAUGGGGUGGUGCACGGCGAGACCUUCGUUCGGCUCCUCUGAUAUGAUGUAUCGAAGAAGGAUGCGACACACCCUAUGACUCGAUGAUUUUACGAUGGAAAUAUGAGUAAGGAGACAUGAGGUUGAUGAUACGGACGAAUGUGGGACAAUCAGUGUCGCCACAUAAUGUUGUAUGAUACGAGUCGGUGUUGUAUGAUUAUGUAGAGUACUUUAAGUGGUGCAUGGUGCAUGAGAUUAUGACUUGGG